AUGUAUGGCCUGUACUUGGAAGCAGUGAACGAUUACAUCAAUGAAUCCUACGGGGAGGACGUGUGGAGAUUGAUCGAGGCCCGGGCGGAGAUACCCCACCUCAAGUUUGUCAGGCAUCAGAUGUACAAUGACAACCUGAUCCUGCGGCUGGCCAAGGCGGCGGGCGAGGUUCUGGGAAAGACCCACGAUGAGCUGAUGUACGCCUUCGGAGUCUACAUGGUCAAGAGGAUCGGAAACUACGGCUACGAGAGGAUCCUCAAGGUGUUGGGGCGUAAUGUGCGCGACUUCAUCAACGAGCUGGACAACCUGCACGAGUACUUCCGCUUCUCCUUCCCCAAGGUGCAGCCGCCCAGCUUCUGCGUGGAGGAGGAGUGCGAGACCAGCCUCACCUUGCACUACCGCAGCACCCGCAAGGGCUUCACGCAGUUCGUCAAAGGCCAGCUCUCUCAAGUGGGACGGCAAUUCUACAGCACAGACAUCGAGGUGGAAAUCCUGUCCAAAGAGGAAACCGAGAAAAUGACCUAUGUGGUCUACAAGAUGAACUUCGACAACGCUGCCUUCAAGCACCGCAUGCCCCAGCAGAAAACGGCCCCGGGCUACGAGAAGCUGCCCAUGAAACGGGGCAUCUUCUUCGACAUGUUCCCCUUCAGCGUCAUCUUCCGCCGCGACAUGACCAUGUACCGCAUCGGCGACGGCCUCAAAGAGGUCUUCUCCGACCUCCAAGGCAAGAAGGUCAACGAGGAGUUCACUCUGGUCAGGCCCAUGCUGGAGUUCAGCUGGGACAACAUCUACACCCAUUUGAACAAUGUGUUUGAGCUGUUGUCCAAAGCAGUGGUGGAAAGCAAGCAGAAGGUCAACAUCCCUAAACUGAGCAAGGAGGAGCCGGAGGAGAAGGAGGAGAGUGAGAAGGCAAAAAGAGAAGAGGAGAGAGAAACCAAGGCCAUGGAGGAGAUGAAGGGCACCGACCAGGAGUACAGCAGCGCUCUCACCCAGUACAACAGCUCCGCCAACUCUGGAGGGGAAGACAUCGAACUGCUGGCCUUCCAGACGGUCACUGGGAAGUGCAGCGAGACCAUCUUCGAGGACAUGCGGGAGCCUCCGAAGAAGCCUCUCCACCUGAAGGGUCAGAUGAAAUACGUCCCCCAGUGGGACUCGCUCAUCUUCCUCGGGACGCCCAUCAUAGAGACAGUGGAGGACAUGAUUAAGAUGGGCGUGUACGUGAACGAUCUGAACCUGCAUGACUCCAGCAGAGAGCUGAUUUUGGCCGGGACUCAGCAAUCAGCCGAGCUGCAGCUGGCCCUCGAUCAGGAGCAACAGAAGUACGCGCAGCUGCAGGAAAUCAUCAAGAAGCUGGACGAGGAGAAGAAGAGAGGAGAUUCCCUGCUGUACGCCAUGAUCCCGAAGGCGGUGGCGGAUCGGCUCAGGAAGGGCAUCACGGCACUGGAGACAUGCCAGGUCUUCCCAGAUGUGACCAUCCUGUUCAGCGACGUGGUCAAGUUUAAUGAGAUCUGCAUCCACAUCACGCCCAUGCAGGUGGUGGACAUGCUCAAUGAGAUCUACAUCGUCUUCGACACGCUCAGCGAGAAGCACAACGUCUACAAGGUGGAGACGAUCCGUGACGCGUACAUGGUGGUGGCCGGCGUACCGAACAAGACCACCUUUCACGCCCACCACAUCUGCGACAUGGCCCUGGACAUGCUGAGCUCCAUCGACCACCUCAAAGACCCCUCCACCGGAGAUAACAUCCAAAUCCGAGUCGGUAUUCACUCAGGUAUGGUGGUGGCUGGGGUGGUGGGAUUGAAGAUGCCGCGCUACUGUCUGUUUGGUGACACUGUGAACACAGCCUCGAGGAUGGAGAGCAACGGAGUGGGCAUGCAGAUCCACAUUAGUCAGACCACUAAAGACCAUCUGGAGCACGAGCCCUACAUCAUCGAGGAGAGGGGCAAAAUCUUUGUAAAGGGUAAAGGCUACAUGAAGACCUACUGGCUCAAAGGAAAGAAGGAUCUGUCAUUCAAGACCCCGGCAGAGCUUCGCUACAGCAGCGAGCAGAAAGACUCGGAGGACAGGAGCUCCAACGGAUCCACCUGCACCAACACCAAGCGCUCGGUCUCCAACGUCCACGUCCCCAACGAGGAGCAGGCGGAGGGGAAGCCGAGCCCCAGCGACCUCCCCCCGGACACCCUGCCCCCACCGGAGGGCGCCAACGAGCCCCCAACAAUUUCAGCUGAGCCUCAGGACAAGGAGAAAGCCAAAAAGACUAAGAACAACAAGGGGGCCCGGCUGGAGGUGCCUCAGGGAAACACAGCGCCGGAGACGGCGGCGCCCGUGGACGGGGUGGAGAGCCCCGGCCCGCUGCUCAACAACAAGAGAAACAGCUUCAGGCAGCAGUACGUCAAGCUGCCCGCCAACCUGCCCAUGCGCAGCACGGCCUGCUCCAUCCUGUGA